CUAAAACCCUUUUGCUCAAAGAAAAACGAAUUAUUAAAACCCUAAAAGAAGAAAACAUGCCGCUUUGGUUGGAUUGAAGGCGUCAGAAACUGGUUUUCCUUUGAUUGAUUGAUUGACGAUGGAACACGGUUCGUACUCCGAUUUGAGUAAAUCAACAUUUUCUCUCGUCGAUGAAGAUCACACUUUUGCUAAUUCUGUUCGUUUCAUCUUGAAUCAAGAUCCAAGAGUGACAUUUUGUGGGUACAGCAUUCCUCAUCCUUCAGAAAACCGUGUUAACGUCAGAGUUCAGACAACUGGGGAUCCAGCAAGUGAGGUAUUAAAAGAUGGUUGUCAGGAUCUGAUGCUUAUGUGCCAGCAUGUUAGGAGCACUUUUGGGAAGGCAGUUAAUGAUUUUAAAACCAGCAAGUCUGUUCGAAGCACUUCUGAGAAGGCAGUUAGUGAGUCUGAUGAUGAUAUGGAUACAUGAACUAGUCUGCAAGUUAUAGUUUUGAUUUUGAAUUAGUUAGGUUAUUUGAACAUUAAAUAUAAAACACUAUGUAUUUGUCUCAAUCUCAUACUUUUAUCUUAUGCAACUUAGUGUAUGUUUGAAAACAUGGUGUAACCAUGUUCCAAAUCACGGUAGAUUGAAGUAAAUGAAGGUAGCUUCUAAAAUUCUGCAU